AUGCUGCAGAUUGGGCAGCGUAAGCCUGGGAUCCAUGAUGCGGUUAAGCGGGGAAACGUUUGGUUGGGCGGGAUUAAGUUUGGUAAACCAGGUCGCCGUGCAUCAUCUACUACCUUCCCCAAGCCUUGGAAGAUCCAUAGCUCGCAUCCCGACUAUUGUCCAGGUGGAGAGGCGGAGCGAGGUAAAGCGACGGAUUAG